AUGAACAAUGGUUGCUUGGAGGAACAAAAUGAUUUCUUCGAGCGACCAUAUAAGGCUAUGAAGAGUCAUCCCAAGCCUUUUUUUAUUACUAGUAAGGUCGAAGACAUCCCAAUUAAUAAGAUUUUGGUAGAUUGCAGCGCAACGGUGAACCUGAUGCUGCAUCACAUUUUAAGGAGAAUAGGUAAAUAUGACGCAGAUACCAAGCCCCAUAACAUGGUACUUUCCAACUAUGAAGGAAAGGUGGGUACCACCCUUGGGGUAAUCCAGGUCGAGCUAACAGUGGGAACUGUCACCAGAUCAACGAUGUUCAUGAUUGUGGAGACAAAGGCCAACUAUAACAUGCUACUUGGAAGCGAAUGGAUAGAUGGAGUAGGAGUUGUACCAUCCUCCAUGCACCAAAGAAUCACCAUCUGGCGGCCAGACAGUAUUAUGGAGAACGUAGAAGCAGACUAG